ACACACUUUCGUGGCGGUUUUGUGUCUACUUAAGUACUAUUUACAAAAACUUAAGGGUAGGUCUUAAGUGGGGAAUGUGUUACAGUGCUCCUCUAGCAACAGGUGGUAGUAAUUAAAGUUAUUUUUAGCAAUUUUAUAGUCAGCGUUUAACAAACGUGGUUCGACGUUAAUUUGUAAGGUUAUAUAAAAGUAUUCAAAGCAUGCUCCAAACGUUACCGGUACAUUUUUUUGGCAAGACCAAGGAUUUCGAAGAUUCCGAUUACAAGAGCAGCAGCACAAGAACUCAAACAAUCCAAAACAGCGCAAAAACCACGUAAUGUCAGUUUACACAAAAUCUACACAGAAAAAUGUCAGCUAGUACCGCCAAUAAUCCACAAGAGGCACCCAACGAACCUCGUCCUCCAGAUCCGCGUAACCUCCUGGACAUAGACGACGACUCUCUGGUGUUCGAAAAACGCAGAGGCACCACCGACGAAGGAAAAGAUUUCGAGGACCUGUACGUCGCCAAUCUAGUCCUAGACCUGAUCACCCGUCCAAGAAUAACAAAUUUCAAAGUAGCCGCAAACCACUCACGUUUUGGGGCUUACGACGACGUGGUCUGCGACCUGGACUCCCCAAACCCGCAACUUGCCGGAAAAGCCGCCCUUCAACUCAAAUACUCAAACACAGGCGGGCAAAUUACGCCCACCAAGUUGAACAGCUGGGACAAAAACUGCGGCUUGCUGAGGUACUUCGACGAAUACGUAAAAGUAUGCGACGAUCUCGGGACCUGUCAGUAUUUUCUCGUCACCAACAGGAAAUUCGCCCCCACGGAUUUCAGUCUCGUUGAUAGCAAAAGCGGGGUGGAUUUUGACAUGACUGUGACGACCGCGGAUACGGAAAACAGACGUUUUAGGUUUACCAUCCGUGGGAGUAAAAACACAAACGUCGACGUUCCACUUUUGCAAAAAUACCAGCGAUUUUUUGACAAUUUUACUUUGAUAGCGAACUACGACUCGGUCUCGGUACUCAGAGAAAAAAUCGACCAGAAAUUUCGUUCGCUGUUUGCUUGCCAAGACGACAGUGUUUGUAAAAGGUACGUCGACUUUGUACAGUCGUGGAGCUUGAAACCGGGCAAGAAAACCGUCUUGCAUUCGUCGCUUAUGAAGCACGUCAUAGGUUUGAUGGUGUUGUCACCUUCAGCUGAAUUUUUUUCUCCACAGAGGGGACAAAUUGACGAGAAAUAUGACUACUUACGGGAUGCUGUAUCAAAAUUUGGUAUCACGCUUCUAGCGGAAGAUAAGUCUGACAAAAUAAAGAAGCUGUGGAACGGAAUUAGAGACGAUGUAGACCGUGACUACUUGCAUAAGGCCAAGAUUUUUGGGAUAAUGCGACUUGGUGUCAGUUCGUUCGACGAUUUGAAUGACGAAGAAUACACCAAGUUGUUGUGGUUGAUGGAUGAGUGUCCGUUGAUUGUCAAGGACGGCGAGGGGGUGCAGAAAGCCAUCAGACUUUGUAAAAACAGAAAAUUUAUUGUUUUGACGAAGAAACGAUCCGCUUCGGAGUUUCGUACCUUCCAUAGAUUGUCGGACUUGAAGAAAGUAGACCAAGUUCUGUAUGGUCAGAUAGUGUCAACAUUUACUUGUUCGUUACAAGGAAAAGAAGAAAUUAGUUUAGUCGAACUAAUGGACCAGAAAGAAAAAAUCGCUGAAGUUUUCCGUGUAGACGAACUUGUAGAAAUGUUAGACGAACCGUUGCUGAUUGGCGAACCCCAAGAAGCGCUUCCGGUUUCUUACAUCCCUAGAUCGUUGUCACGAAUUGUCGUUGACGAUAGUUUCUUACGGAGAGUUGAUUUUCGUCAAACCGUGGUGAUACUAGUGGAAGUCGACGACGAUAGAGCUAUAACCGAACGAUACAACUUCUCGGGGAGUGUUCACACGGUAGAAGAGUACUUGGAUUUGAAAGAGCAAACCAUCGACAGAGAAGAAUGUAUGGUUAUAGACGAAGACGACAUAGAUGUGGAGGAUUUCAAAGCCAUUUGUGAGAAAACGACGAAAACUUGUCACCAAUUUCGUCUCGUGUACAUUGACGACGACGAAAGUUGGGAGUGGGUGCGAAGCUCGAAUAAUUCGCAUCACCUGACCCCAUUUUUGCGAAACGAUGUAGUCACGACGGAGUCAGAAUUGCUGAACAACGAAGACAAUAGAGUUAAUCUCGUGUGUGGCGACCCUGGAAUGGGGAAGACCACUCUGAUGAAAGAUUUGAAGAACCUGAGCUGUGCGUCGGUUUGGAGCAUCCUUAUUUAUGCCAGGGACCAUUCCAAACACUUUCGGGAAGCAGGAGACGACAGUGACAAAUUCAAAAAAUACAUUUUAGAUGUAACCCGAAAACGAAGUCAGGACUUUGAGGUAAAGUUAAUCGACAUUUUGGUGAGGGAAGGUCGCGUUUGGUACUUCUGGGACGGCUUGGAUGAAAUAUCGCGUUCGAACUUCGAAACGGUGAAGACCAUCGUCGAAAAACUAGCCAAAUCCAAGUCGAAGCACUGGAUUACGUCUAGGUGCAACCUGCAGCGGGAUCUCGAAAGACGGUUCAACGUGGUUUCGCGAAGUAUCAAGGAGUUCGACGAAGCGGAACAGCGCAGGUAUAUCAAAACCCGACUAGAGUGCUCUGGCGAUAAACUAGACGACAUUUACACAAAAAUGAAGACGAGCAUUCAGUUGUUUCCGUACAACGAUAUUUUGGGGAUCCCGUUACAGAUUUACAUUCUCACUGAACUGUUCCGUGGUGACGAAGACAAGUAUUCCGCUUUGUUGACAGACAUUUUGUCGAUUGCCGACUUGUACGAACACUUCGUGGAUAAAAUUUUCACUAGGUACUUCACAGAGAAGGAAAACGCGGACGUGAGUAACGACUACACCCGCAGACGAAUCAAAAACGAAAAGCAACAACAAAGCGAAUACUAUGGAAGAGUGUCUCUGAAACUGUAUUUCGAAGACGACGUUCUACAAUCACUUGGUGCUGGUGUCACCACGUCCAAAGACAAAGAUCAAGUGGGUUUUAUAACGAAGAUCAGUGAAGACGAUCGUCCGGAGUUUUUUCACAACUCGUUUGGUGAAUACUUCGCGGCUUUGUAUCUUGCCAAUCACCAUGACAAAGUUUCCUCCAUCAAGGAUUUCGUGUUUGACAAAAAAUACAACAACUUGAGGUUCUUCUUUGACUUGAUUUUGGCAAAAAAGUGUCCGCUGCACGUAGCAGUGUUGUAUAAGAAUUUGUCUCUUUUGGAAAAGUGUACACAGGAGGAGUUUAGCAAAAGAGACAACAUGAACAGAAGUGGUUUAGAAGUGGCUUGUAGUUGGAGUGAAAGUUAUCAGAUUUUGGACGUAACAGAAAAAGAUUGUCAGUUUUUUGUGGACAACACAGCUGUGCGAUCGUCAGACCGUCCUACCACUCGCGACAUUGUUGUAUUUUUGCUCAAAAAAUGCGACCAAGACGAAAUCGUCGCAGUUCUACAUAACGACUGGGUGUUUUUUAACGGAGCGUCGAUUAAACUAGUUCCGUUUGUUUUGCUAACAGCUAGAACUAGUACAAGAACGCGACUAUUCGACGACCACGUUUUGACGAUCUUGGAAUAUUGUUUGGCGUUUGACUAUACUGACCUACUCGAUUUGUGUGACGAACUGUGGCUGAUGAAGGAUCUCUAUGGUAACAGUAUCGUCUACCAAUCUGUGGAAUACGGAUCAAAAGAUAUUAUAACGACAAUUGCAGCCGAUCCUCAAACCAGACGAUACCUCACAGAUUGUCAAGAAAAUCUGAUUCAUAGAGCCUGCGCUAACUACGAUUACGAAAUGGUCGAGGUUUUGUUAACCAGCGGGGCGAAAUUUUCUCGCAAUACCAAUUUGGUUUCCUGUUAUUGUCGAACGUUACUGCACAAAGCGUGCCUAGAGUGCGAUUACGACCAAGCAAAAUUGUUAAUCCAAGCUAAAACACCCAUCAAUGCUCUGGAAUUUAUCAAUUCUCCCUAUUGCACGUUCAAGACCCCUCUACAUUGCGCGUGUUUCGCAGGCGAUAUCAACUUCAUCAGACUUUUGCUUGACCACGAACCCGAUUUUUACACUCCAGAUCGACAAGGAAUAACACCCAUAUACGAAGCUUGUCAAUCAGCUCGCUUCGACAUUGUGGAACUGUUCCUGGAAAAAGGUGCCUCAUUGGACUUUAGUCGCCGGAACGGGAAAAAGCUAAUCCACUUAGCUUGUGAUUUUGGCGAACUUAACAUAGUCAAGUUUUUGUUCGUCAAGCAAUCUCAAGCGAUUUUGGACAGUCCCGACUUCUUCGGGAGAACUCCAGUGCAUUAUUGUUGCCGGAAACGAUCCUUCCCUAUUUUGCAAUUCCUGGUGGAAAAAGGGGCGAAGUUGGAUGUUCCAGACAAAGAACACGGAACCCCGAUGCACUACGCUUGCGCAAAAUUGAACUACCAAGCCGUGGAGCUUUUUCUAGAAAAAGGGGUGUCUUUGGAGUGCGUUGAUAAAAAAGGGGACACUCCCUUGCAUCGAGCCUGUACCAAAUACAACCCUUCAGUUGUUAAUUUGUUACUCAGAAGGGUCAGCUAUGUUAACACUCGUAACAAACGCGGGGAAAGACCUAUACACAAAGCGUGCAAAGUUGGCAACCCUUACUUCGUCCAACUCUUGUUGGCUCAUGGUGCAGUGGGAAUCACCCAAGACAACGAAUCCCCCUCACUUUUAAAAUGUCUAGAACAACGUCUCGAUCCAAACAGAUUCGAACCACAGUAUUAUCCGAAAAAAGUCAAACCUCGAGGAGUUCUAGACAAAAAAGGUGCCAAAAUUUUGCGUUUGUUGAAAGUGGGUGAUACGCCGCUGUGUUCGUUGAUGAGUUUGAUGCACACAAAUCGUCAUUUUUGGAUUCUGGAGUGGACAAUCGAACUGAACAAAGCUGUCGCUCUUGCAAAUGAACUCUUUCACGUGCUUUUGCGUUUGGUUAGUGAAGACAGGAACGACGAUGUGCUGAAGUUGUUGAUUACAACCUGGAAGUGUGUGAAGUUUAAAUGUAAGUAUAAUCAGAUCGACUUGUGGAUGAGUUACGAAGACAAAGACAACGAGCGAGUUGUGUUGUGGUUGAUCGUGGAAAAAAGGAGACAACGGAAUAUCGCAGAUUUGUGUAAGAGAUGGUUGGGGGAGUAUAAAAUGAAUUCGUACAAAAGUAAUGUUGCAGUGUUGGUAGAAAUAGUGAAGUGUUUGUGCACUUCAUCUAAAUAGUUCUGAGGUAGUUGGGUUAAAUAUCUAAGAACGUUUUUCUGGUGUAUGCCAAGAUUCGAAUUGAGACCUUUGUUAUUCUUCUUGUAUGUAAACGAUGUUAUCAAUUGUGUAAAGUCCUUUUGUUUGUAAGUAUAUAGUGAUAUAUUUAGUUAUAGUAAUAAUAAUAAGUGAUAUAUUGGUCUGUGAUAUCGAGGCUCUUAUUUGAUGUGAUAAAAAUAAAUUCAAAUAAACCUUAGUAAAUGUCACAUGCCAUACAUUAAGAAAAAAUUUGGAUGCCAUAGUGUUACUGUUUUUUGUGCCUUAUUAUGUUUAAAUUUG